AUGGCGAGAACAUACACUCUCUACAAUCUUCGUAUCAUUCUGGUAUUGACAUUUGGAAGUUUAACCUUCGGGUAUGGAUUUUCUGUUAUCUCCAACACCCUGGGCCAGCCAGGAUUCCUCUCUUUCUUCGGGCUGGACCAGAAUCCCGCUCGAGCCAACGCCAUCACCGGAGCUAUCAAUGGCCUCUACUGCGCCGGUGCCAUGCUGGGGUGCCUCGUGGUUGGGUGGAUGUGUGAAGCCAGAGGUCGCAAGGAAACCAUGUAUCUGGCCUCCGCGGUCAACAUCCUUGGUGGAGCAUUAGAAGCCGGUUCGGUCAAGCUGGGCAUGUUUCUAGCGGCACGAUGCAUUGCGGGUGUUGGCAUCGGCAUGAUGGUAGUUCUUAUCCCAAUUUAUCAAGCUGAAAUUUGUGGGUUCUAUAAUCAAAAUCCGCCCCCAGCAGCUCGUGGCUUUUUGGUCGGACAACAUGGCACUUGGAUUGUUCUCGGAUAUGCAAUUGCCGGCUGGGUGGGAGUGGGAACAUAUUAUUCCCCCAACCUCUCGUUCCAGUGGCGUUUCCCAAUUGCUUUGGCAUGUCUUCCACCUCUGUGUCUGCUGGCAUGCAGUCCGUGGAUUCCAGAGUCGCCACGAUGGCUGCUCACGAGAGAUCGGAAAGACGAGGCUUGGGCCAUCAUCGCAAGGCUCCAUGGAGAUGACACCAGCGGCGAUAGUUAUGCAGGCGCGGAAUUCCACCAGAUGGUUGAACAAGUUCAAGCAGAUGCUGCGGCAUGGUCUGCAGGAGGAAAUCGUCAACUCUUCACAAAGCCUUCCUAUCGCAAGCGAAUGUGGAUGGGCUUCUUCAUUCAAUAUGCAGCUCAAUCGACUGGAGCGCAAGUGAUCUACGUUUAUAUUGUCUCACUGUACAAAAAUCUUGGAUUGACAGGCGGAAUGCCGUUAAUACUUGGUGCUGCAUAUGUCACCGUCGCGACUCUCUCCAACUUCGGAGGGGCGUUAGCUCUGGACAAGGUCGGUCGCAAACCUCUUCUGAUGACUGGAUUGGCCGGGUGCAUGCUGUCCGUCUGCCUCGAAACGGCAAUGAUCGCACGCUUCGCAGGAACUUCUAACCAUGCUGGCCUCGCCAUGGGUGUGUUCUUCUCGUUCUGCUUCAUUACUUUCUACGGUGGAGGGAUUGAUGUCGUUGGCUAUGUUUAUUGCAGUGAAAUAUUUCCAACUCACAUCCGCUCUCAGGGCGUCGCGUGGUCUAUGUUUGGAACAUUUCUCUCGACCCUGGUUUAUGUUGAGGCUGCUCCCACCGCGCUGGCGACUAUCAAGUGGAAAUACUACAUUAUCUUUGUCUGCUUGACCAUGUGCAAUAUCUUGAUCCUGUAUUUCUGGUGUCCUGAGACCAAAGGACUAUCCCUCGAGGAGAUCAACGAAAAGUUCGGGGACGACGUCGUGGUUCAGUUGGAAGUUGGGGCUGCAGCCGAGCCGGACGUGGAAAACCUGAAACUAAAGGGAAAACACGAUGGGCACGAUAUGGUCGAGCACAAAGAAGUUGCUCGCACCGAGACGGAGUCCGGGGAUAGCUAA